CUCUGCAACUUCUGACUUCUUGUCUAAAAAACGUUGUACUCCAAACAAUGCGAGUGCCUCUUCUCUCCUCCUCGUGCACUCCGAGCUGAAAUCGGAAGACACACUCGUGGCUUUACCGGCGUUCACCACACACGACCAUUAAUGGGACCAGACGACUGAGUGAGGUGGUCGCGUCUCUGUUUAGAGGAAUUUGAAAGAAGGCUACAAUGGAGAGCGCGUUUUACCCCGUGGUGCGGCUGUCCUUCCCGGGUUAUAUACGAGUUGCGCUGCAAUGCAUGGUGGUGGUGCUGAGCCAACGUGCGCCAGAGUGCUAUCCCGGUGGCCACUGGACCCUGAGGAACCCGUACCGUAGUGUGGACUUUGACUCCACUGAGAUCCAGAACACGGCCAUCCAGGACCUCAUCUGCGACCACUCGCUAGAGGCCGGGUGGUACCGCUUCAGUGUCAACAACAAACCGGCAGAGAUGCCCACCAGCUGCGUGGAGAUGAACCGGUGUGGUACCCAGGCGCCUGUGUGGCUGUCCCUGAAAGACGGGCCCCUGCCCAGGCCUGGCGAGGUGAGGCAGCUGUCAGCCUGCGCCACGUGGCAGUUCUUCCUUGGCGGCACCAAGGACUGCUGCCUCUUCCGCAUCCCCAUCACGGUGCGCAACUGCGGGGACUACUUCAUCUACUACCUGCAGCCCACCCAGGGAUGCAUGGGCUACUGCGCAAAAGUUGCACCAGACUUUGGUCCAAAACUGUGUCUACCCGGUGAAGUUGAGGUCAACGGGAGAUGUAAAGCCAGCAUUCCAGCCCUGACCUCCAGACCCACCAUCACCCCAGAGCUGGUGGGCAGCAGUGUCCACCUGAGGUGCUCCUUCCUGGGGCCGCCGUCCAGCCAGGACCUGGGCUACCAGGUGGUGUGGGCGCGGCACAUCGGCCACAGCAUGAAGGCAGAGAUCAGGCAGGAGUCCACCAUGAAGACCUCCUCCCUGGUGGAGAUGGAUGGUCUGCACUUCAGACUGGGGGAAACGUUCUCCUGUAGUGUUUCUACGUUCAGAGCGAACUACAGCCACAGUAGAUCCACGCCGAAGGAGAGCGAGAGCUUCUACGCUGGAUUAAAGUUUUCCGUGGAGACGCUGCACAUAGCGGAGAACAGCAAGGAGCACCAGGUCAGCAUCCACAGCACCGUCCCGAUCCCGUGUCCACGCCUGCAGCCGGGCCACCGGUGUGGCCUCCCUCUGGUCCUCAGUGUUCUGGACCCAGACAGCCGGGACCACGAGGCCCCCAACGUGGCCCUCUCCACCUGCCAGCUGGCCCUCACGCCGUCCUCGUGCACGGAUGCGGGCUGCGGCGGCCGCGCCUCCUUCACCCUCACCGCCGUCACCGACUUCACGCGUGACGGGAACCGGCCCAGCCUGGUCAGCGCCGGCCCUGCGCCGGGGGCCCCGCGGCUCUGGAGGAACUACGUCUCGCCCCCCUUGAGAGUCACAGUUCAGGACCUCCCCACCUCCAUCUGCUACUCCCUGACCGAUCCGCACAUCAUUACGCUAGACGGCAGGCGCUACGAGAACCAGCAGACCGGAACCUUCCUGUUGUACCGCAGCCUGAGCAGGAAGUUCGAGGUGCACGCUCGCCAGUGGGACUGCGGUAGCCGGCACUACGCCGUGGCGUGCACGUGCGGCGUGGCGGUGCGCGAGGAGAACGAGGUGGCGGUCUUCGACAUGUGCAACGGGCAGCCGCUGGAGACGCGGCCCCAGCUAACCGUCAAGACCCUUGGGGAGGGGCCCGGCCAGAGGCGCCGCCUCAGGAUCCUGGAGGCCCACCAGGGGAAGAAGGUCACCUUGAUCUUUCCCUCCGGGGCCUCUGUUAGGGCCGACGUCAGCGACUGGGGGAUGAGCCUGAGCAUCAGAGCGCCCGGCCUCGACUACGGCCACACGGAGGGCCUCUGCGGAACCUUCGACCGCAACAUCCACAACGACCUCCACAGCUCCGAGGGCGUCCCCUACCCUAGCGAGGAGCUGGGCCGCUUCAUCGAAAGCUGGAGGUUGGGUCCGGGGGAGAGUAUGUUUGACAAGCUGCCCACGGUGACGAGGCAGGCAUCCAGGAGACCUUUCUGCCGCUGUCACCGAGGAUACACCGCCGUCGGCUCCCAGUUGUUUGGUGGGGGGGGGACCAAGGACCCUGUCGCCUCCUCUCCCCACUCCGACUGCUCGGCCCACGACGACGUGGACUACACCUCCCUGUUCCCCUCCAUGGACACCACCCUGGAGUACAUCCAGAGCUCCCGGCAGGACGACAGCAUCCUGGACAUGUCGGCCUCGGACCGCCAACACCCGCUGGAGAGACGCCGUCCGCACCCUCGCCCGCAGGAGGAAGACGACCCACUGGACGGGGAGUUCAGGGAGGACCACCUGCUGUCGGUGGGACGGCAGCGGAGGCAGAGCCUGUACGAGUUCCAGCCGGUCUUCAUGGCCCAGAGCCUGACCCAGGGCCUGGCGUACUUCUUCCCCGAGGACCACCAGACGGAGGCCCGGCCGGCUGUGUGGCCCAGCUGGCCCACGCCCAGCGGCCUGACCUCGGCCAAGGCCCUGGAGGUGUGCCAGACGGCGCUGGCCAACUCCUCGGUGGGGGCGGUGUGCCGCGACCUUCUUGGCCGCCGCUUGGACGAGGCGGUGGAUCUGUGCAUCCUGGACCUGCAGCUGAAGGACGACCUGAGCUGGGACGAGGCGCUGGUGCCGUACCUGGAGAACGAGUGCGAGCGGAGGCUGCUGGGGAACCGGACCCUGCGGGCGCUGGAGCUGUCGGCCCCACCGGGGGCCUCCGGCGGUGUGGUCACGGCUCUGCGCUGCCCCAACUUCUGCAGCGGCAACGGACGCUGCACCACGUGGGGCUGCCAUUGCUUUGCGAGUCACAGCUUCUAUGACUGCAGCCUGGCCAUCAGCCAGCCGGUGGAGGUCACAGACUUGGAGAGCAGCGGCCUGUGUGACAUCCGGUUAUUCGACUGCCGCAGCAUACGGGUCUUCGGACUGGGUUUUAUCGACUCCCCCGACAUCAGCUGUCACGCCACCAGACUCGAGUACAUGAACGGUGCGUGGAUUCCGGGGGAGAACCAGCGCACCAAAGCCAAGUUCCUGAGCUCCAAGGCCCUGGACUGCGUGGUCCCGUCCCUGAGCAGCACGGCCGUCCUCAGCGAGGACUUCAUGAUGGAGGACAAGCCCUACGCCCGCUGGGAAAUGAGGGUGACCAACGAUGGCUCUCAGUACAGCGAGGGCAAAGUGCUGACCAUCUACGACGGCAUGUGCCAACAGUGUGAGGCCUCACCGUCUGGACUCUGUAAGUUAAAGGAGAGGACGUGCAACAUAGACGGCAUGUGUUUUGGAGACGGCGACUCCAACCCCAGCAGCCCCUGUCUCCUAUGUGACCCGGGCUCCUCCAAGUUCUCCUGGUCGUUUAACCAAGUCAACCAGCCCCCCGCCUUCCACCGUCCGCAGGCUGGCCUCCAGACCUUCGCCGGGGAGAGCUUUGUCUUCCAGUUGGCCGCCUCCGACCCAGAAGGCUCGGCGCUCCUCUUCCAGCUGGAGGGGGGCCCCGCGGGGGCCAGCGUCUCCCCGGCAGGCCUCCUCAUCUGGAGCGUGUCUCCCCACGAGGAGGAGGAGGAGGAGGAAGAGGAGGAGGAGGAGGGCGGCAGGCGGCGGAUGGUCCGCUUCACGCUGUCGGACGAGUGCAGCGCCCAGAGCAGCCACGAGGUGGAGAUCCACGUUGCGCCGUGCGGGUGUCAAAACGGCGGCACUUGUAUCACGGACGUCAGCUUUCCCGCCGGAAGCGGGCGCUACCUGUGUGUGUGCCCCGAGGGUUCCCAUGGCGACCUCUGCGCCGACAUCAUGGACCGGUGCCGGUCAGGCCCGUGCGGCCCGGGCACGUGCGUCAACAAGAUGAGCGGCUACCGAUGCGAAUGCCCUCCAGGAAUGACGGGUUCACACUGCGCGGAGGACGUGAAUGAGUGUGAAAGGACUCCCUGCUUCACCGGGGUCAUGUGUGUCAACAGCUAUGGCUCCUACAGCUGUGCUCCGUGCCCCAAGGGCAUGCUGGGAAAUGGAACUGCAUGUACUGCGGCCCCUAUCAGUGUCACAUCUGCUCCUCGUUUCACUGUCUACAAGCGACCAGAUGUUAUCCCGUAUCCAUCCAAAACUAGGCCGGGAAUUCUUCCUGACGCAUCUGGAGUUUGGCCCUCACAAGCCAAAGCAGACGCAACCAGAGAGAUUCCUGGAAGAAACCCGUUCCCGUCGCGAACCAGGGUUUUCCCUGCUGAGGCAAUCCCGGGUCGUACGACGGACCGUCCUCUGAGCAAGACCAGCCCUUCCGGGAUCGUUCCGGUUGUCGUGGUCGACCCAAAGAAGGUUGAAACUCUGAAGAAGAGUCUGGGGAAUAUCUCAAACCCGUCCCAUAAGGGGCAAGUCACGCCCAAGUAUGUAGCGAGAAGCACGGCAGGCCUGGACAGAGUCAAACCUGGGCAGUCUAUCAAAAGUGAGGCGGUUGUGAAGGCCGCUAAUACGGUUUUGCCUUCCAAGGAGGAGAGAACGGCUGCUGUGCGGCGUCCUGCCUCCGACGUGUCCUCGACCUGCGCCAGUCGCCCCUGCUUCCCGGGGGUGCUGUGUGUGAACCGCCGGCGGCCCCACGUCGGCUUCGUCUGUGGCCGCUGCCCGCCCGGUCUCCACGGCAACGGUCGCGUCUGCACCAAGAACGCCAAAGCAGCCUCCACCCUCCCGCGGCUCUCUCCGGCCGGUCGAUCGCCCCACAACCCCAACGCGCACUCCUUCCAGCUCCACAUGCCUCAGCUUCCCCCCCGGCACAGCAUCAAACACCUGUCCUCGCCUGUCACCAGAGCCGGGGGAGGCAUGGGAAGGAGGGAGGCCAUCACCCCCCCCGCCGCAGCAGCUCCGAGGCACGCGGUCCGGUCCUUGCUGGAUGUAGGCGGUCAGUGGACGCACCAGGACCCCAGAAUGGGGAGCACUGCCAACGUGGGGAGCGGGCGAAGGGCCCCAGGGCAGGUGGUCCCGGGGCGGGUGGUCCCAGGGCAGGUGGUCCAGAAGCAGUCUCAGGCAGCCCUUGCGCUUCCUGUAACGGCCGCCGUCUCCAGGACAACCCCAUUGGCUCCUCAGCCCGGGGGGACCGCCCAGUCCAGGUGGACCAUCCAGCCCGGCCCCCAGAUCUACCACAAGGCUCCCACCCCAGCCCAACCCUGGGCCCCUCCCCGGCCUGUGGCCCCGCUGACGGCUGUCCUCCCAGCGGUGCUGUCCUUCGCCCUCCCGGACUCCUCAGAGUCUUCGGCGGACGGGGACGAGCGUUUGCACCCUGAGGAUCUCGUGCUCACCGCCGGCCUCAUCGAGGUGCCAGAGGGCGGGGUUAGAGCCCGGGACCCCCCCCUCCGGCUGGUCCACAGAUCCAGCGUCACCACCUCGGCCGCUAAGUCAGUGCCGAGGGGCGCGGCGGCCCGAGGGGCGGCGGCCCAGACGUCUUCGUGUGGUGACCUGUCCUGUCACCCCGGGGUGCCCUGCGAGCCGACCAGAGAAGGGGGUCUCCGAUGCGGGACGUGCCCCGUGGGAUACAUUGGAGACGGGCGGACAUGCAGGGCAUUCUGCAGGCACACGUGUGGCGGGAACAUGGAGUGUGCCGCUCCCAACUCAUGUCGCUGUAAACAGGGCUACGCUGGGCCGAGCUGUCAGACUGCCAUAUGUCUGCCCGAGUGUCAGAACGGAGGCGAGUGCGUGGCGCCAGGGGUGUGUGCCUGUCCACCGGGUUACCACGGCGAUGCAUGUGAAAGAGCUUUGUGCAGUUCCCCUUGCCAGAACGCCGGUACCUGUGUGGGACUGCAGACCUGCUCCUGUCUGUAUGGCUUUGUUGGGCCACGAUGUGAGACCAUGGUGUGUAAUCGUCACUGUCAUAACGGGGGCCAUUGCGUAUCGCCAGACGAGUGCACGUGCCAACCGGGCUGGACUGGACCCUCCUGUGAGACAGCACUCUGCUCACCUGUGUGCCUGAAUGGAGGAACUUGUGUUGGACUGGACACAUGCAACUGUCCCCAUGGAUUCUACGGAUUGCAGUGUGAACAUGCGGUGUGCAUUCCCCCCUGUAAGAAUGGCGGUGUGUGCAUGAGGAACAACAUGUGCUCCUGUCCAGAUGGCUACACCGGGAAGCACUGCGACAAAAGUGUGUGUGAACCCAUGUGUAUGAACGGUGGCAGGUGCGUGGGUCCAGGUGUGUGUGACUGUCCGUCAGGCUGGAGGGGCAGGAGAUGUGAUAAACCUACUUGUCUCCAGAAGUGUUUUAAUGGAGGGGAAUGUGUGGGUUCCAACACCUGCCUCUGUUUACCCGGAUGGCAAGGCAGGUUGUGUCAAAUUCGAGAUCUCCACACACACUCACGCCUGAUUUCCACCGGGGACGUACGCGCCGCGGCAGCGAUCAGCAGCGGUGACCUUGGCGCAGCCAUUCCGCGGCGCGUCCCCGGCGGACAUCAGGCGUCAGCUCACUGUCAACACGUCUGCCUGUACGGGAGUCGCUGUGUCCGGCCUAACGUCUGUGCCUGCAGGAAUGAUUCCACUGGUUCUCUUUGUUCCCAAAAGAUCCUAAAUCCUUGAGGCUGAGCUGUAGAGUCACGUUAAAGCAAAUCCACUGCCCUCAUCCCAGCACUCGUACCCAAAGAACAAAAAGCCAUCCUCCAUAACACUAGAAACCAGACAAAGGACCUGGUGAGAAGCUAAACCAGAGAAUACAACUAUUCCUUGUUACGGUUUUGUGACAGUUUGUGGCGGCCAUUAAUAUGGACAUUUUGAGCUGACCAAUAGCAGUGUUUCAGCCAGCCGAAAAUGUAGCACCCUUUAUUAAAGUGUGUUGCACAUAACUAUAGUCAUUUAUAGUACAUUUAAAAGGACUGCCUUUAGGUUUGUUGUGUAUAUAAAAAGACAUUGAAUUGAGAAAUUGUAUUUUUUUGAUUUUUAUACUAGUUGUCUAAUUGUUAUACUUUAUUAUAUGUUCAUUUUUAGAUCUAUUUUAAAUUUUAUCGUUAUUUAUUUAUUCUGAUUUUUAUGUCUUCCUCUUUUUGUGAUGUUGUAUAUAUUUAAGUCAGUACCAUCUGUUAUUUGUAUUAAAAUGGUGUAUAUCCAUUGUUUUGCUAAUAAACUUAAAG